CUCCGGGCCCUCCUCUAUUGCUGGGUCUCGGGCGGCACUAGAGGGCGGCAGGACCCGGCUUCGGGCUCAGUCUGAGCGGCGGCAGUGGGCGGCAGGUUCGGAGCCGCGAUCGUCCCGGAGAAACAAAGAGAGCCGCCCCGGGGGCAAGGAGGGAGGUUACGGGAUCAGAGAGAUCCCAGGCGAUAGCCGUCCCUUCCGAGACACACCGGCUCUAUCAGUACCGAGUGAUGCCGGGCUCGCCGCUUCGGAGCUGGGACCUCGGGAAGCAGUGAACCGCGGGGACUGGGAAAAGGCGGCGGCGGGGAUUGUCCCGGGGCCCGGGAAGGAAAAGGGGACUGUUGUCCCGGGGCCCAAGGCUCGGAUCCCUGCACUCCCGGUGAAUGGGGAUCGGUAGCGAUGAGCUCCGCUGAGCAGACGGUCACUUGGCUGAUUACACUCGGGGUCCUGGAUUCCCCCAAGAAAACAGUGUCGGACCCCGAGGCUUUCCUACAGAGCUCCCUGAGGGACGGGGUGGUCUUGUGUCGCCUCCUGGAGCGCCUGGUGCCUGGAUCUAUCGACAGGAUACAUCAGGACCCCAAAUCCGAAGCAGAAUGUCUGAGCAACAUCAAAGAGUUUUUGAAAGGCUGUGGGGCGCUUCGCGUGGAGACUUUUGAUGCCAAUGACCUUUAUCAAGGACAAAACUUCAGCAAGAUUCUUAGUUCGCUAGUGGCUUUGAACAAAGUAACUGCAGACAUUGGUGUUGGAAGUGACUCAGUAUGUGCCCGCCACCAAUCCCAUCAUAUCAAGUCAGUUGAUUCCUUGGCUGGAUCACAUUUAUCACUUGGAAGAACGUCUAAAAACCUUCCGGGAAAGUACCGAAGUUUGGACAUGACUGAUAACAGCAACCAUCACAUGAUUGUGAAAGCAAAAUUCAACUUUUAUCAGACCAAUGAGGAUGAACUCUGCUUUACCAAGGGCGACGUUAUCCAUGUGACCAGAAUUGAGGAAGGGGGCUGGUGGGAGGGGACAUUAAAUGGCAAAAAUGGUUGGUUCCCCAGCAAUUACGUGAGGGAAAUAAAGCCUAAUGAGAAACCGGUCUCGCCAAAGUCAGCAACUCUGAAAAGUUCUCAAAAAGGAUUUGAAACUCCACCAAUUAGCAAAAGUUACUACAAUGUGGUGCUGCAGAAUAUUCUGGAAAUAGAAUGCGAUUAUGCAGAGGAGCUAACGAUACUUCUGUCAACCUUCUUGCGACCUCUGCAAGCCAGUGAUAAGUUAAGUUCCACUGACAUGGGAUAUUUGAUGGGCAACUUGGAAGAUAUUUGUUCUUUCCAACAAAUCCUAGUUCAGUCUCUAGAAGAAUGCACCAAGUUGCCAGAGUCCCAGCAGAGGGUUGGAGGAUGUUUUGGGAACUUAAUGUCCCAAAUGAAAAGCCUUUAUCUUGCAUACUGUGCCAACCACCCCUGGGCUGUGCAUGUCCUCACAGAGUACAGUGAGGAGUUGGGAGAAUUUAUGGAAAUGAAAGGAGCAACCAGCCCUGGGAUUCUUAUGCUAACCACCAGCCUCAGCAAACCUUUCAUGAGGCUAGACAAAUACCCAACGUUGCUUAAAGAGCUGGAGCGCCAUAUGGAGGAAUAUCACCCAGACUGGCCUGACAUUCAGAGGUCCAUGACUGCUUUCAAAAAUCUCUCAUCCCAGUGUCAGGAGGUGCGGAAGAAGAAGGAGCUGGAACUGCAGAUCUUGACAGAAACAGUUCAUGGUUGGGAAGGUGAAGAUAUUAAAUCUCUGGGGAAUGUUAUCUACAUGUCGCAGGUCACUGUGCAGUGUGGAAAUGAGGACAAGUGCGAGAGGUAUUUCCUCUUGUUCCCUCAUGUCCUGCUUAUGCUAUCUGCCAGUCCCAGGAUGAGUGCUUUUAUUUAUCAGGGAAAGUUGCCAUUAACAGGAUUGAUCGUCAGCAGGCUAGAUGAUAGCGAUACUGACAAGAACACCUUUGAAAUUACUGGAAGUAUGAUUGAACGGAUUUUGGUGACUUGUUCCAGUCAUCAGGAUUUGCAAGAAUGGGUGGAUCAUCUUCAGAAACAAACGAAAACACUCAGUGUGGGAAUUCCUGUGGUCAGACAGCAGUCUGUCCCAUGCCAUACACUUCCACUACAUCCUGUGACACCCAUCAAUAAGCAUUCUGAUGGCUACCCAAUAUCUGUGACUCCUUCAUAUCAUACCCUUCCACACCCUUCCUUACAUGGGACAUCUCACAGCUCGCUGACCUGGGGACCCUUAGAACCACCCAAAAUGCCAAAGCCUUGGAGUCUGAGCUGCCUCCGCCCAGCAGCCCCGCUGAAACCAUCAGCUGCUCUGUGUUAUAAGGAGGACCUCAGCAAGAGUCCUAAAACCAUGAAGAAACUGCUUCCCAAGCGGAAACCAGAAAGGAAAGCAUCUGAUGAAGAAUUUGCAUUGAGGAAAAGCACAGCAGCUCUUGAAGAGGACACACAGAUCUUAAAAGUUAUUGAAGCAUACUGCACUAGUGCCAAAACUCGCCAAACUCUGAACUCAACAUGGCAAGGCACUGAUUUGAUGCAUAAUCAUGUUUUGAGUGACGAUGACCUAUCAAGCCUGGACUCCCCAGCUCGUCGCAGCAGCCUCUCCCGCUUGGAGCCUGCUGAUCUGUCUGAAGACUCUGACUAUGACAGUAUCUGGCUGGCCCACAGUUACCGAAUGGGAUCAGCAACACCAUAUCGUAAAGAAUCUGCUCCCCAGGUUCUGUUACCAGAAGAAGAGAAAAUAAUUGUUGAAGAAACCAACAGCAAUGGGCAAACGAUCAUCGAAGAAAAGAGCCUCGUGGACACUGUUUAUGCAUUGAAGGAUGAGGUGCUGGAGUUAAAGCAGGAAAAUAAGAAGAUGAGACGUUCCCUGGAUGACGAACAGCGAGCUCGUAAGGAGUUAGAGAAACUGGUCAGAAAAGUUCUGAAGAAUAUGAAUGAUUUCUCUUGGGAUGAGACCAAUUUAUAGUGAACCUGUAACUUUGCCUGCAAGAGGUGGGACACAAACAGCAGGCUGGAAAUGUCUGUUGCUGACAAUUUUCAAAUGAGCACUUAACAUGUUCCUCCACCAUUGACGUGUUCACUGUUUUAUCAAAAUCUGGUAAAUUUUAAAUAAGUCCACCAUCCAUAAAACAGCAGACUGGAGAUUGCCAUACACAAGUGUUAUGCUUGUGAGUAUUACAAGCUGUAAUCUCCAUGCUGUGCUAGGCUGUAGGUUACCUGGAGGGUGGCUGUGGAAUCUAGCCCAGCUGAUUCGCUCCUUGCCCAAUUUUUCCGUCCUUGGAUGCCCUGAAAGUCUUUUACGGCAGAAUCACCAGACGGAAACAAUACGGCACUGGAAAUGUGGCACUUGCUAAAAUAACUUCAUCUACAAUUGUAAUCAAUAGGAAAAUGAUUAUCAGGGAUUUUGACUUGUCUUUCGAUUUAAUGUCAGCAAUUUGAGGUCAGAGUUGGAUGAGAGAGGACCAAUUUUUGCACUGGACAUUGCAUUUUGGGUCUGCAAACAGAAUUGUGUGGACGCUGGGCAAUUUCAGUGGCUAGUUUUUGUUUUAACCUUUUAAGCCUUCUAACGAAUUCGCUUUGAUGAAAUGUUCACAGUUUGUUUUGAAAUUCCUUCUAUGACUGAGGCUCAAUGAAAACAAUAUCUGCAAAUCUGUGUGUUGUGAACAAUGUAUUGUGCAUGUGAAGCUCAGUGCAUUCUUGUGUUGAGGUGAGAAAGUUGUAGGCUAAGUCUUUUUCUUACAGAUUUAAUCACAGUGCUGCAGCCUGGACUCUGAAUCUAGGGCAUCAUGGUAAUGCUUUGAAAAUCUCUGCUCUCACCCGAAGCCUCUCUGGAAGAAACCAGAAACCAAGGAAGAAGCAUUGAAAGAGCACUCCUAGCUGUAAUAUUUUGGAUGAUUCAGGCAAGCUCCCCUGUUCUAAUCCCCUCCAGCAAGAUGUUAUAUUAGGACCUCUACUGAUCUUGAACAACCGACAUAAGAUGUAGUAAAGGAUGAAAGGGCAUUCAGACAGCUGGGAGCUCAAGCUGUGUUAGACUUCUGACUCAUAUGGCUCUGUCUCGUACAAUAUUUAAAAAAAAAUUGUUUUGCCAUGUAACAUUUUCCUGAACCAGUGAGAAUGAUGGUUAGUAUCAUUCUCCAACCCAGCAAUGCACAUCCAUUAGAACAGCUGAUAGGACUAGUUAAGAGAUUUCCACCCACAUGCACAUUGCUCACUGUAGAAGCACAAACAAGCUGUUCUGUUUAAAACCUUGAUAAUAAAAUGUGAGGCUGGAUGAA